CCUCAUUUCUCAAUAAUGUCAGCUAGUGUCGAGAAUAAUUUUUGUUUCAGUCUAAGAGUAGAGGACUAAUUUUCCAAUUAUUUUGUUCUCGAGCAACAGCUAUUUAGGUCAAACAAUGGAUAACGUGCUAAAACCUAUUCCGAUAGAAGACUGGCAUUUACUGAGAGACUUGCUAAAAAGACAAUGGCCUAAAUAUAUAAAGUAUUACUAUUGGCUGAACAAUGCGAUUAGAUGGAUGACUACUGGAUUCGAUAAAGACUUAUAUCAAAUAUACUGCCCAAAUGGAAAAUAUGAAACUGGCACUUUUAUUGGAGUGCUUUCACUUCUGACGUGUAGGGUUGUAAUAUUCAGUUUUGAAGAAACAAAAGAACUAUUGCAAAAAUCAAUCCUUGAUCUUCCAAGAGUAAUCCAUUGGUCCGAAGUAAUAUUUUGUGCCGUUCAUGAAAAUCUCGAGGAAGUUUUAUCAGAGUCAUUAAAACAAAUGAACAUUCUCACUGAAUUUUCAACCGUCACUAUUUGUCAUUACAAAACUAAAGAAGAUUGUGCUCAACAAUUAGUGGAAAUUCCGCCCGAGGUUUAUGUCGAAAAUUUGGAUCUUAAGCAUGUCAAGGAGAUUCAUUCGGUUUGGCCGCAUCGUGACAAGAAAAACCCUGAAUUAUCAUUUAAUUUUUUGUACACUUUAGUCGAAUACAAUGGUGGACUCGGUCUAUUUUUGAAGGACAACGAUCGUCUGGUUGCGUGGGUAUUACACAGCGAAUGGGACGGUCUUAGUAUGUUACAAACCAUUGAUGACCACAAAAAAAAAGGCUACGGUGCGGCAAUAGUUCGAGCAGCGUCCAAGGGAUUGGCAACCGAACACAAUAUCGAUACGGCAUUAGACGUUGUAGAGGAUAACGCAGCGGCACUAAAAUUGUUCAAAUCCUUAGGUUACCAGAGCUUGCAUAAAGCCGUUUGGGUUCAUACGCUAGGGCCAAAAGAAAAAAAAAGUUUAUAGUUUUUCGUUGAAAUAUAAUCCUUAAUUUUAUUUUUGUAUUCUUUCA